GGGAAGAGUUGUUUAUAAGUUUUAAAAAGACUUCAACCUUUAAGAGGCACAUUGCAAAAAGCAAAUUCGAGGACUACCUUUUAUAUGAUGCGAGUGAGUGAGAAGAACAAAAAGGGUUUGAAAUUCUUAUUAACCACUCAAAUCAAGUAAAAAGUAAAUUCCUUUUUUCAAAUUCUUCUGCUUUUUCUCAUGUCUGAUUGUUAUCUCAACUGGAAUCUAUUCUUUUCCAAUUACUAUACUUUUGUCUCUUUCCUCAUCUGAUCAACGCUUAAUCUAUAGUCUUUGGAUAUAUAUAUAUUAUCUAUGUAUGGUGGUGGUUAUAUAACUCUUCCUUGGAAACCCUUUUACUCUGUUUUUUGUUUUCAGAAAUCAAAAUCUGUUUUCUGCUUUCCAAUCUGGGCACAUAAAGUUUGCAACUUUAUAAAAAAAAAGGACAAAAGAGGUCUUGUCUAAUUGGUUGAUGUGAUUGGGUGUUUUCAAAGACCCAACAUAUGUUUUGAUGAGGGUUUUGCUGUGUAAGAUCCAGUGCCCUUCUUUCCUCUGCUUCUGUAAGCCUUCUCCUCACAUCUACACGGCAUCAGGCUCGCUUAAAUUGGAGGAGAACACGCCUCCUCAAGUGUCUUCUUCUUCCACUACUAUAACUACGGUUGUUGACGACAACGAUGAUGAUGAUGAUCAUUAUGUUGAUGCACAUGCCGCAGAAUGUGUUGAUGAAGAUCAUGCUAUAGAGGAAAAAGAAGAAGCUUGUGCUGUAGAGGAGAAACAAGAAGAAGAAGAGCAAGGUGAGAUCUUGAAAAGCAGUCUCAAGAAGGCGGCUUUGGAUUCACCAAGGGAGAAGAAGAAGAAGAAGAAGGUACAGUGGGUGGAUUUGAUGGGGAAAGAACUUGCUGAGAUCCGUGAGUUCGAGUCUAGUGAAGAAGAUGAUAUAAGAUAUGAUGUCGACCAAAGCUGUGUCUGCGUUAUCCUGUGAUCAACUCAGUUUAGUUCUUUUUUUUACUCGGAGAGAAGGCAAUGGUGAGAGGUGAAGAAGCUUACUGGAGAUGGAUCCAUGUUGGUUUUGUGACCUUGGCUAUAGAGUCCAUAUAUAUCAAGGUAGUACAUAUAGUAGAAUCUACAUUUGCUUGCCUCUGGUUAUAUGAAGUUUCUAAAUAUAACAUGGCAGCAUUUUGUUAUGGUUUUAGGAUUGUGAAAAGAAUAGAUUUCUAUUACAAUUGUUUAUUUGACCAGUUAGUGUUUUGCUUUGUUAGUCAGACUCAAACAGCUUUAAAUGUUAAAUUCGUUAUGUGCAUUA